UACCAUCUGAAACUGGUGAAUUACUUCUGAAUGUUUGCCAAUUAUGGAUGAGGCUUUGGAAGUGAGAACGGAUGGCAAUUCUUUGCUCAAAGCUGUUUAUCUUUGCAGACUUCGCCUCACAAGACUGUUGAUAGAAGGUGGAGCUUACAUUAAUGAAAGCAAUGACCGAGGGGAGACACCCCUAAUGAUUGCUUGCAAGACAAGAUAUGCUGAUCAGCAAAGUGUCAGCAAGGUGAAAAUGGUAAAAUUCCUUUUAGAAAACAAAGCAGAUCCAAAUAUCCAAGACAAAUCUGGAAAGACAGCCCUGAUGCAUGCUUGUUUAGAAAAAGCUGGGUCUGAAGUAGUUUCAUAUCUGCUUAAAAGUGGUGCUGACCCAAGUUUAGAGGAUCAUUUUGGUUGCUCUGCUUUACUUUAUGCUAUAAAAUCUGAUGAUAAAGAAUCUCUUAAAGUCCUUCUUGAUGCCUGCAAGGCAAAAGGGAAGGAAGUCAUUAUAAUUACAAUGGACAAAUCACCCUCAGGAAGACAAACAACUAAACAAUAUUUAAAUGUGCCUCCUACACCAAAUCUGGAAGACCAGCAUUCUUCAUUCUUCUGUGCAUCCCCUUCAGAGGUUGAGCUGAAAACAUCAUCCUCACUUGUAGAAGCCAAAGAAAUGAGUAAAAAUAUUUUCAGUUUCAAAGAGCCUUGCCAUCAGCUGAACAGCAAAGGUUCUUCUCAGCCAGGUUCUCCUAGCCGGAAGCCUAACCAAGUACAUGUUGAUGACAAACUGCCACACUUACAUAGGCUGAAUUCUGAACCAUGGCUUAAAAUCCCACCAUCACUACUUCAUCAAAAUAAAGCCUGCUCUUUUCAUGAAGAACUGCAGUGCAUCACACCAGAAGAAGAAGAUGAAAUGUCUUUUAAAAUCAAUGGUCUUGCUUUACACAAGCGAUAUAUCACCAGACAUCAGAGCAUUGAUGUCAAGGACAGUAUUGGCUUACUGAAGACUUUAGAGCAAAGCUCAGAUAACAGUGGCCCAAGAAAACUCUCUUAUGAUGAGGCUCACUCAAACUUGCUGUGUCCAGAGUCUGGUCAUAGUAGCUGCACUGUGCCUGUGGAUCAGGAACCAGAUUCGAUUCACAUGCUUGGCAUUUCCAGCCUAAGGAAUAUUGUCCAAAGGAGAAAUGUAGGAGCUGAACACUACAAUUCUGAUUCACAGCUGACUGUUCAGCCCAGCCAGAUUUCUACAGAGGACAGUAAAUCACUUUUGGAAAAGAAAAAGCGCCUGUCUAAUGCAUCAUCUCUGUUAUCAAUUUCCAGAGAAUCUCUAGAAAAUAUAACAUCUGGCUGUCUUAGUAGGAGGCAUCCCUCUAUUUUAGAAAGACGUGGCUCAGGGGCUUUGCUUCUGGAUCAUAUUUCCCAGGCAAGACCAGGUUUCCUGCCACCAUUAAAUGUGAACCCUCAUCCACCCAUUCCAGAUAUUACCAUUAACAAGUCAGGUUGUACAGUUUCCAGUGGGCCAAAAUCAUUCAUACCAACAGCACCCAACUUUCCCAAGGAUGUGACAAGCAAGAAAAUGUUGCUAAGGAGACACUCAAUGCAUGCAGAGCAAAUCAAACACUUAACAAACUUUGAAGAACUAUUUGGCCAGUAGAAGCCCUUGUCCAUAAACAAAUGUGAAUAUGUCAUUUGAAAAUAGCUGGAGAUAGAUAAGUCAUUAGGAUGAUUCCUUUGGCUGUCACCCCAUUUCAGUUCUACUAAACAGUAGCUAGUAUUACAAAGGGGCAUCAGUAAAUAUAAAUUAUGCAUAUAUAUUCAGGUUAUGACUAACAUGCAAUGCUCCAUAGUAUCUAUUUUUUCCUUGGAUCUUUCCUCAGGUUACAAAAAUACCUUUAUCAAAUUAGAAUGUUGCAAAAGUUUUUCCCUGUCUAUAUUCUUUCUCUCCAUGAAUUGUAUUUAUUUCCAUAGCUAACAAAUGUAAGCAAACUGAUGGAAAAUAAAACAGAUAAUGUCAA